AUGGGUGUAGUCUUCGCAUCGCUUUCUCCCUUCUCUCUCCCCUCCUUCCUUGCUUUCCAACCCCUUCACCCCCCACGCCCUCUUCUCUCACCCUCCCCCUGCAGUGAUGCGCAUGCAGCGCAGGCACCGGGCGCGUUGUGGGAGCAGGUGGUGGGGACGAUCAUCAACUUCAUCAAAGUGGCAUCUCCCACCCAGCUCGCGCUCGCACCUGAAAAGUGUGAGUUGCUUAGCGAGAAGAUCGCUCGUGUGCCCCAACAGCCACAUGCAGUGCAGUCCCUUGGGAAUUUUAUUAGGGGGCUAGGGGAGCAGCGCAGGAACCACCAGGUAGGCGAGUUGUGGGAGCAGGUGGUGGGGGCGAUCAUCAACUUCAUCAAAGUGGCUUCCCCGACUCAACUCGCCCUCGCGCCUGAAAAGUCAAAGCCGCAUGCAGCACACUGCACCUGGGUAGUUGAGUUGUGGGAGCAGGUGGUGGGGGCGAUCAUCAAAUUAAAAAAAGUGGCCUCGCCCACUCAGGUCUCCCUCACGCCUGAAAAGUGUGAGUUGCUUGCAAUCCGACUCCCCUUUCCAAGUCAAAUCAAACCAAGCGGCCCUCCUUCCCCACUCCCAAACCUCCCCACUCCCAAACCUCCCCACUCCCAAACCUCCCCACUCCCAAACCUCCCCACUCCCAAACCUCCCCACUCCCAAACCUCCCCACUCCCAAACCUCCCCUCCCCCUCCUCUUCCCCCCGUCUCUCCCAGUCUCCUCCCUGUGCCAUCACCUGCUCGAUCUACUGGUCUCCCACGCGCAGUACUGCCGGGGGGUUCUCCCUCUACGCUGUCGCGUCCCUGUGCCAUCGCUUGCGCGAUUUACUCAUCGCACACUCCCAGUACUCCCGGGGAGUGCUCCCCUUGCGGUGGGCGAUCAGCAAGGUGCAGCAGAGCACCACCGCGGAGCACCUCACCCCGCAACACGCGGACUGCCUGCAGCUCUGCCUGCUCCAUUCAUCCCUCACCUCCUUUCACUGCUGGCCAAGCUUCGCCACCCUGUGCCAUCGCCUGCGAGACCAGCUCAUCUCCCACUCCCAGUACGCUCGAGGCGUCCUGCCUCUACGGUGGGCGAUCAGCAAGGUGCAGCAGUGCACCACAGCGGAGCACCUCACCCCGCAACACGCCGACUGCCUGCAGCUCUGCCUGCUCGCCAAGCUGUACCGCCAGGGAGGGGACCUGCUGCAGGGGGAUAUUCUCGAUAUUGACCCCAAGAAGACGGGGCUGGUGCACCGGGACUUUCUUCUGUACUGCUUCUACGGAGGAACCAUCUACGUGGGUCUGAAGCAGUAUCAGAAGGCCCUAGACCUCUUCAUGCAUGCCAUCACAUCCCCAGCACAAGUCGUGAAUGCCAUCACAGUAUCGGCAUACAAAAGACAUGUGCUCGUGUCGCUCAUCCUGAACGCCCAGCUGUCGCCUCUACCCAAGUUCACGCCAGGCAUCGUGCAGAGAGGACUCAAGGCAUGCUGCCAGGACUAUCACGACCUGGCGAACAUCUACGUGUCUCGCGAUGCAGCAGAGCUCAAGAAGUUUGUCGAUUCCCACGAGCAAGCCUUCAAGGCGGACAACAACCUAGGCUUGGCCCAUCAGGUUGUUGCAUCGGUCCCCAAGCGCAGCAUUCAGCGUCUCACGCACACCUACCUCACUCUCUCCCUCUCCGACCUUGCUCAGUCGGUGCACCUGUCCUCGCCUGCCGAGGCUGAGAAAUACCUCCUUUCCAUGAUAGCAGAUGGGGAGAUGUUUGCGAGGAUAGACCAGCAGGCGGGCAUGGUGAGCUUUGAGGAGGACCCUGAGAAGUACGACUCGCUGGCCAUGGCUGCUGUGGUGGAGGAGCACAUCCAGAGGGCCACGAAGCUGUCCAAGAAGCUGGCGCUGGUCCAUGAGCAGAUCUCCUCUGACCGAACGUACCUCACACGGGUGUGUGCACACUGGUCACUGCUCAGCUCAGUACAGUGCAUGCACGCGAGCGCAAUGUUCGUCGUGUCGGAUUGCUGGAGGCACGACUGCAGAGAGUUAUCAUACCACCCAGGCAAGAUGCUUCCGCGGGGAGCAGCCAUCGUGCCUGUGGCGAUAGUGUCCAUCUGCGCUGUCGCCCUACUCAUCCUUCAUGGCCAACCUCUCCUCAGCCAUCUCUUGGGUGACAAUGGUCCGAUGAAGAAGCACAUCGACACUGCUAAGGGUCAUCUGGUGGUAGCGAUGGUCAAAGGAAGGGAGGCUCGCAUCAAUUUUCUCUCUCCUGUCUUGCAAAUUCUUGUGGGAGUUACUGCAUUCCUCUCGUCGCUGGUCGCUGCAGACCGUCUUUUCCACUUCUACGUCGCCUUGUACUGGAAGUUCUCCAAGAAACGCCCAGAGGAAGCCUUCGAAGCGAACAACUUGCCAGAUCCAGCUACCUGUCCCGAGGCCUUUCCCAAAGUUGUUGUUCAGAUUCCUAUGUUCAACGAAAAAGAGGUGUGCGAGCAAGUGAUUGACUCAUGUUGCAAGCUGAUAUGGCCGAGAUCGCGCCUGUACAUCCAGAUAUUGGACGAUUCAACCUGCCCCAUCACUCGCUGCAGGGUGGUUAAGAAAGUGGCCGAAAAGGUAGCUCUUGGAAUUCACGUGGAGGAUCGCUGGAGAUCCAAUCGGCAAGGAUAUAAAGCUGGAGCAAUGAUUGAGGCUGAGAAGGCACUUGGAGAUUACGAAUUCACAGCUAUAUUUGAUGCAGACUUCAGCCCAGAGCCUGAAUUCCUUCUUAAGACAAUUCCAUAUCUCAUUGCACCAGCAGCACCGGUGGAGCUGUGGGCCAAUGCAACUCUGGAGAAAAGCUAUGGAUCAAUGGCUUUCACUCCAAGGUCGUGGCUGUACACUGUGCUAUUUGUUCUAUUUGAGAAUGCCAUGAGCAUUGUGAAGUUCUCCGCAAUGGUCUCUGGAAUCCUGGGCCUAUCUACGGCUCAUUCGUGGGUUGUAACCCAGAAGCUUGGGAACUGGGUCCAGACUGAUGCAGCAACUGCAAAGACAGGGCUGGCGAAGUAUUUGGGAAAAGCUGGAGCCAUUCCACAUAGUCUGAGUCUCCCAGUCAUUUCUGAAGGCCUGGUGAAGCAAGGAGCAGAUAAAGCCCAGCCCAAGAAUUCUAAGAGCUCUUGGUUCAACCGCACAAUAUACAAGAGGGAAUUGGGUAUGGCUGCCUUUAUUUUGGGUGCGGGGAUGUACGCGAUCUUUGUGGAAGACCGCUGGGAUUACUCUAUCUUCCUCUUUCUCCAAAGCAUUGCGUUCGCCAUGUUUGGCUUGAACUUAGUGGACAGGACGAAUUGA